AAUUUGCACAACAAGCGUUGAUGUUUAUUGGAUUUGCUGGUUGAAUAUGGAUAUUGGCGAACUGUUGGCGUUCAAGCCCGAGCAGACACCAAAGCGACCACAUGAGGAGGACGACGAUUUCGCGCUGCCGGAACCGGCGACCAGCGAUAUUGGAAAACGGGGCGGCGGCGGCGAUGAAAAGGCCAAGCGAAUGCGCCGCAUUGCAGAAGCCAAAGAAACAGCCAACUACAAAAAACCGCAUGUAGGCAGUUCGGGGUCGGCUACAGGGUCGGGCAGCGGAAGCGCAUUCGAGUUUGAUCCGGAGUUAACUGAGGAGGAGCGUCUCAAUAUACUGAAGUAUGUGGAGAGCGAGGAAGCCGAAGGCGAUGUGCUGGACGAACAGGGUCUUAAGAAGCUAAUACUGGUGUUCGAGAAACGCAACCUGAAGAAUCAGGAGAUGCGAAUCAAAUUCUCCGAUAAUGCAGAGAAAUUCAUGGACUCGGAGUUGGAUCUGCAUACGGUGAUUCAAGAGCUAAAAGCAGUUGCCACAGUGCCGGAUCUUUAUCCGCUGCUCGUGGAGCUGCACGGCCUGCACAGUCUGCUCGAGCUGCUGGCACAUCAGAACACAGACAUUGCCGUUGCCGUCGUUGAUCUGCUGCAGGAAGUCACCGAUGUGGACAUUCUGGGUGAAAGUAACGAGGGCGCUGAGGCGUUAAUUGAGGCAUUGCGCAAGGAGCAAAUCUGUGCAUUGCUCGUACAGAAUCUGGAGCGUCUCAACGAGCAGGUGAAGGAGGAGGCAGACGGAGUCCACAAUACGCUGGCCAUUGUGGAGAACUUGACGGAGAUUGAUGGCGAAUUUGUGCGCGAAGCGGCCACACAGGGUCUGCUCGCCUGGUUACUUAAGCGGCUCAAGGGCAAAUCGCCCUUUGACCCAAACAAAUUAUACUGCAGCGAAAUAUUGUCGAUACUGAUACAGACGGAAAACGAGAAUCGGCUGCUGCUGGGCACGUUGGACGGUGUGGAUGUUUUGCUGCAACAAUUAGCUGUAUACAAGCGGCACGAUCCGGCCAGCAACGAGGAGCAGGAGUACAUGUCCAAUAUGUUCAAUUGCAUGUGCUCGGCGCUGAUGGCACGCGAGAAUCGCGAUCGUUUCCUCAAUGGUGAGGGCCUGCAGCUGAUGAACCUGAUGCUGCGUGAGAAGAAAAUGUCGCGCAACGGCUCACUCAAGGUGCUCGAUCAUGCCAUGGCCGGCCAGGAUGGACGCGAGAAUUGCAACAAAUUUGUUGAGAUCCUUGGCCUACGCACCAUUUUUCCGCUAUUCAUGAAGACGCCCAAGCGCAACAAGCAGCGCCUGCUCUCCAUCGACGAGCACGAGGAGCAUGUGUGCUCCGUGAUUGCGUCCAUGCUGCGCAAUUGCAAGGGCACUCAACGCCAGCGCAUGCUGGCCAAGUUCACUGAGAACGAUCACGAGAAGGUUGAUCGUCUGCUGGAGCUGCAUCUCAAAUAUUUGGCCAAAGUGGAAACCAUUGACAGGGAAAUCGACCAGCAGCCGAAGGAUGCGAGCAUAGAUGAAGACGAGGAGGCGGAGAAUAAUUACAUAAAACGCUUAACUGGCGGUCUAUUCACGCUGCAACGCAUCGACUAUAUCCUGCUGGAGGUCAGCUCCACAUCGGAUACAAUUAAACAGCGCGUACUACAAAUUCUAAACUUGCGCGGUGCCUCAAUGAAGACAAUUCGAAGCAUAAUGAGAGAAUACGCUGGCAAUUUGGGAGAUGGCGACACCGACUGGCGAGAGCAGGAGCAGACGCAUAUACUUUCCCUAGUCGAUCGAUUUUGAUUCCAGCUGAAUAUAAAUAACUAUAUCAAUUAAACGUCCUUUGGCGUUCACAAUAACAAUUUAAUUUGCCUAUA